AAGACCGCACUUUUUUCUUCUCUCAGCUCGGAGAGACCUUGUCUGAGAAUCCCUAACUCUCCUGUUUCGUUCCCCGUACUUUUCUGCUGUCGUUGCCCAUUAUUUUUCUUCCCGUCAACUGUUCCUCCUCUUAGGACUUCAGUUUACUUCAUCUGGGUAUUGUAAUUUAAGAUCGAAAAAGAAGGGCGAGGAUGAAGAGAGGGAAGGAAGAAGAGAAGGGGCCGAUGUUCCCAAGGUUACAUGUGAAUGAUACAGAGAAAGGAGGACCACGAGCACCACCUAGGAAUAAGAUGGCUCUCUAUGAACAGUUUAGUAUUCCUUCUCAAAGGUUCAACCCAAAUUCUUCUUCUAACAUACUUUCUCAACCACCAUCCUCAACCCGAGGGAAUGGCCGUGAGAGAAAUUAUAUCUUCCCUGUUCGUUUGCCUUCACAAACACCCACUUGUCGAGCCGAAAGUUAUAUUUCUGGCCAAUCUGAUGGAGGAAGCUCUAACACUUCAUUUAUGCAACUUGAACAGAGAAAAAAAGUGGACGAAGAUGACUUUUGUGUAUAUAUUCAAUCGAGGGCUGGUCAGUCUAAUGACAAAACACUGGAGAGUUUCAAUAAAAAAAAAUUCACUCCUUUGGGCACUAGGAAUUUCUGUUCUUCAGUUUCACUGCAAAAUGAUGCUGACAAGGAUCCAAGUCCAACACAAUUUGGCUCCCCCCUCGUUGGUAUGAGAAAAGAUGUGAGAAGUGAGAAUCAAGGGCACCCAAAAGUAAGUUCAAGUAGACAGCAACCUAUAAUGUCUGUUAAAAACAAAGCAAGUGGAGAAAUUGAAGAUCAAGUGAUGCAAGCCAAAGUGUUUCCAAAUCAAGAGGAUCAAGAUUGUUCCGUGCCAAAUAUAAGAUGUCAGGAUGAUGCUUGCUUACAGCAGGAGUAUGUAGAUGGGUCCCAAUACAAAGAAAUUGAUCGGGGAAAUGAUCUCUCUACAAGGGAUAUGGAUAAUGAAAAUGCCCUUGUACCAAAAGGCUGCUUUUGUGCCACAGCAAACCAAACCAGUCUACUUGAGGCAUCCAAUGACGCUGAAUAUCAUGACACCGGGUCUGGCAGCCCAAUACAGAAGGAAAAUUUAGAAGAAAGUGGUGACUUUUCCAAGGUUUCCAUUGUAAAAAAAAUAUCAUGCCUGAAAGUUUCUCCUGAUGAUGUUGUAGGCAUAAUAGGUCAAAAACGGUUCUGGAAAGCACGACGAGAAAUUGCCAAUCAACAGAGAGUGUUUGCAGUCCAAGUGUUUGAAUUGCACAGGCUGAUAAAGGUCCAACAGCUGAUUGCUGCAUCACCGGAUAUUUUGCUUGAAGAUGGUGCUUUCAUUGGAAAUUUUCCUCGGAAAGGAUCUACUCCUAAAAGCCUUGCAUUGGAAGUUGUUGUUGAACCUCAGCAACAAAAUCAUAAGCGGCAAAAUGAUUCUGAAAAGCCAAACCAUAAAACGGAAUGUUCUGCCGAGAAUGCAGUUGGGAAAAAAACAUCCUUUUCAUCCCGGAAAAAUGGUAGCCACCUUACAAAUCACACCCCUUUUCCUGGAAAUCCGCAGCAGGCAAAUGAAACUACUGAUAAUAGAACGAGUCCCUGGUGUUUCAAUCAGUCACCAGGACACCAGUGGUUAAUUCCUGUUAUGUCUGCUUCUGAAGGGCUCGUCUACAAGCCAUAUCCUGGGCCUGGAUUCACAGGAACAAUGCAGGGAGGACCAUUUGGACAAGUACCUUUUGGUGCUACUUUCAUGAACCCUGCUUAUGGAAUCCCAGCUUCUCAUCAGGUUCCACAGUUCGUUCCUCCAGGCAGUCAUGCCUGCUUCCCUCCCUAUGGCAUGCCGGUAAUGAAUCAAGCAGCAUCAGGAUCAGCGGUUGAACAGGUGAACCGGUUUGCUGCACAGGGUUCUCAUGGUCAAAAUGCUCAUGCAUCUGUAGAGGGAGCCAAUUUCAAUACUCAUCAUAAUCAAAGCUCAUCUAACUUGCGAAUUCAGAGGAAUGAAACACAGAAAUUUCAGGUGUCAAAAGGAAGAGAGCUACAGGGGAGCCCAGCAAGUAGUCCAAGUGAAAUGGCACAAGGAAUCAGAGAAAGGAAACUUUCUGAAGCAAGUGUUGAUGCACAUUCUCUUUUCCUUCAGUCUCUUGAAACCAGACACCAAACUCAAGUAAUCAAAGUCGUGCCACAUAACCGAAAUUCUGCAACAGAAUCUGCAGCUAGAAUUUUUCGAUCGAUUCAGGAAGAGAGAAAACAGUAUGAUUUAGCCUGAUGCUGUUUGCGGAUGUGGAACUUCAGGGUUGAGUUUUUGCGUGUUUGGUUCAGGUUUUAUACAUGACGCACGUUCAUUUCAACACAACAUAGUGUAGCAUCAGGAAAAUAAACGCACAUAAAUAUGCUUUUGACGCUGAACCAGACACGCUCUUUGUAUAGUGCGUUUAGUUCUUGUACUUGUUGUAUGACAAUAUGUAUCGAGCUGUUGUUACCUUUCCCUUUGGUUGUGUCUUGAUUACACCAUAUUCGUAUGUAGAUAUUAUAUGGGAUGUUAAAAUUGAUAAAAUGUAAUAUUAGUGUAUGUUGUCUCCUUGUACAAUGAUGUUUUCAUUUUGCCGUUGGAAUUGACUUACUAAGUGUGGGAUGCUCUUCAUCCCAUGAGAGAGAGGGGUUGAGUUUUGACCCUUGUGUGUAUUUCUUCACUAUUUUGAUUCAUUCCAUUAGAUUGCAAAACCAGAGUUUGACACUGGAAGAUAGAGCAUAAUAUCGAUGUAAAUUAAGAGUGAAAAAUCAGGCCUCUACAGUUGUUUACAGUUUUCUUUGUUUGUUUUAUGGUCCAAAACUUGUUUAUACAGCUUGCUUAGUAUCUAAUUUAUCAUUUGUUGUUCAU